AUGGAUGCAGAGUCUGAGAAACUCUCCAACAAAGGGGAGACACAGCAGAUUGCAGGAAAGCCAGGAGAGAGUACCGUUCUUGGCACACCUGUCCUCCCAGAGCUACGACUUGUGCUGCUUGGUCGAAAAGGAGCGGGGAAAAGCUCGACGGGCAACACCAUCCUAGGCAGCACGGGGGGGUUCGAGAGUGGUAAACCAACGGAGGAGUGUGUGAAGAGGCGCGUCGACAUCGCAGGAAGGCGAGUAACGGUGGUGGACACCCCGGGCUGGGAAUGGUAUUACCCGGUGAACGGCACACCCGGCUGGGUGCGGAGAGAGACCAUGCGCGGCGUCUCCAUGUGCCCUCCUGGUCCCCACAUCCUGCUCCUGGUGGUACGGUCCUGUGCUUCGGUGACGGAAGACUAUCAACAGCAGAUCGAGGACCACUUGAACCUUCUUGGAGAGAGAGUGUGGAGUCACACGAUGGUGUUAUUCACACGUGGCGACGAACUGGGCUCCACGCUCAUCGAGCAGAGGGUGCAGAGCGGAGGGAGGGCCAUCCGAGAGCUCCUGGAGAAGUGUGGAAACAGGUACCAUGUGGUCGAGAACAGGCGACGUGGUGACGAUGGGUCCCAGGUGAAAGAGCUGAUGAGAAAGAUGGAGGAGAUGGUGGAGAUGAACGGGGGAAGGCACUACGAGAUGGACCUACUACGCCUGGGGCUUGGGACGGAUGCACAGAGGAGAGCAAGAGAGAGGAGGAAGAAACAGAGACAGAUGGAGGCUCAGACACAGAGGGCCAUAAUCAGGACUGUGCUCACAAAUGACAGUCCUCAAGCUGAUGACCUGGAUGAAAGAAAUCCCUUUUCUAGAGGUUCACGGCGCCUCCCAGAACUCCGUCUUGUUCUCCUGGGAGAGAGAGAGACCGGGAAGAGCUCGGCAGGGAAUGUGAUCCUCGGAGGAACCAGCUUUUUCCAGCUGGGACAAGCUACGGAGGAAUGCUCUAGGCAGCAGGCGGAAGUUUCCGGGAGGCUGGUCACAGUCGUAGACACUCCGGGCUGGGAGGGUGGACCCGAGGGCCGAACCCCGGAGAGGGUGAAGAAGGAGAUUGGCGUGAGCGUUGUGCUGUGCCCACCUGGGCCUCACGCCCUCCUCUUGACUCUGAGGGUGGACGCUCUGGUUCAUGCCACCAUAGUACGCGAUCACCUGGAGCUUUUAGGGGAGGGAGUCUGGAGGCAUACUCUGUUGCUCUUUACAAGAGGUGACCAGCUGAGAGAAGGUGUGACCAUUGAGCAACACAUACAAGGUGGAGGCAGAGAUCUUCACUGGCUGAUGGAGAAAUGUGGCGGCAGGUACCACGUCAUCAACAGCAAAGCGUGUGCAGAUGGUCGGAAUGUCCAGGCCCAAGUGACGGGACUGCUGGAGGCAAUUGAGAAGAUGGUGGCAGGAAACCGAUGUGAGGCCUUCUCGCCCUUGGUGCAGGAGAUUCAAGAACUUGGUAAGCAGAAGAAUGAGAAGUUCAGUCAGAAGCUCAGAGAACUCGGAGAAAAACUUCAGCGUCUGGAAACAGAGCUGAAAAAGAUGAGGGAUAGGGAGGUCAAGAGCAUCAGGUGGUUUUUUGACAGGAAGAAAGAGAAAGGGAAGUCUCCUGGGAAAUUUGACCCCGGAAAAGAGGAAGCGACGGACAGAGUGGAGGACGACAGGAAAAGCAUGAUGGGUGAGCUUGAGGAGAGGAUGAGGUGGCUGACGGAGGAUAAGGAGAGGGAGAUGCAGGACCUGGCCUUGGAAAAUGAACGGCUCAUCGCAGCUCUCAGUCAAGGAGACAGGGAGAAACAGGAUGUAAUCCUGAGACUGGUGGAAAAAGAAAGGGAGGUCGAAGAACUGAGAGAAAAAGUAGAUGAGCAGCAAGUGAAACUGUUGGAGCUUGAGCGCUUGUACAUGCUGAAUGAGCAGAACAGAAAUGAGAAAGAGACAGAGCUGAUUAAAAAGUACCAGGAUGCAAAGAUGGAGUUAGAUGAGCUGAGAGUCAAACUGAGCGACAAAGAAGAGGAACGUGAUGACUUAGUAAGAAAGGUGGAAGAAAAACAAAAUGAAAUAGACGCGUCAAUAAGGAGAUAUGAAGAGGACGCUUUGAAGAUUGAGGAAAAAAUUAAUCAGCUGGAGAGAGAAAUAGAGGAAAAAGACAGAGAACUUGAGGGAAUGAAACUCGAGGCUCAGAGGACACAAAAGGAAUUGGAGGACAGAGAGCGAGAGUUAAAUGAAAAGACGGAGAGUGAGAUGAAUCAACUGAGACAAACCGUAGUGCAGAAGACGUCUGAGCUGGAUCAGUUACAAAACUCCCUAAAAGAACAAACCAGAGAGACAGAGAAAGAGAGGAGAGAACAUGCUCGCACUCUGGAGAAAUACGAUGAACUCAAGGAGAGCCUUAAGAAAAAGGAUGAGGAGACUAAGGAAAUGGAGCUGAGGCAGAAGGAGCAGGAGAUUAAGAGAGACGCAGAGGCAAAAGGAAAAGUGCAGGAAAAAGAAGACGAGAUAAACAAUCUAAAACAAAAGCUCCGGGAGCAAACGAGGGAAACAGAAGCACUGCGGGAAAACAUUAAACAGAAAGAGAAUGAAAUGGAGGUUUUGAGAAACAGAAGCAAAGAAAAAGCUGAGGACUUAGCUACUCGGCUGAAACACCGCGAGGAAGAAGACAAACAGAAAGAAGAGUUCCUAAGAUCAGAGAAAAUAAGAAUAGAACAAGAGAUGGACAAAAUAAAGAGUGUGUUCGAGGAGGACAGCAGAAAGAGAGAGGAUGAAACAAGAUCGAUCUUAAAAGAGAAAGACGGCAUUAUCUGCCAAGUCCAGCAAAAGAACGCAGAAAUUGAAAGACACUUGGCAGAAAUCAGAGAAAAGCUUGCGGAUAGCCAGAGGAGAGAAGCAAGCUUACAAGAUGUGAACAAAACAAUAGAGAAAGAUCUGGAAAAUUUUAGGCAGAUCUGUGAAGACUAUGAGAGGGAUUUGCAGACACAGAAGGCCUCACAAGAGAAGCGAGAGACAGAGAUAAAGGAGUUACUCUGUUUAUAUGAAGAAAAGGACAGAAUCAAAGAUGCACUGUCCCUGGAGAAAAUCGAAGAGAAGGAGAGGGAACUUGCGGAGCUGAAAGACACAAACCAAACUCAACACAAGCACCUGGAAGAGCUGAGAGAGAAGAAUCUGGAAAGCCAACAGCAGAUCAAAGAGAUUAAGCAAUACUACGAGGAAAAACUACAAGAGAGAAAUGCUGAGCUGGACAUUAAAGACGUAGAGAGAGUGCAAGAAUUACAUAGAAGAGAACAAGAACUGGUCACGAGUGAGAGGAUUUUGAAAAACAACAUAGAGGAGUUGAAGAGAGGAAAAGAGGAUUUAGAGAAUAGAGAGGGAGAGCUAGCAAAUAGGGAACAUAAACUUAGGAAUGAGGAACAAGAGUUAGAGGGAAGGAAACAACAGUUGGAGAGAAAAGAGGAAAUACUAAAGGCCAAAGAAGAAAAACUUAGGAGUGAAGAACAUGAGUUGGAGAUGAUGAAAGAUGACCUGAAACCCCAGAAAGAAAAAAUGGAAAAUUUAAGGCAAAACCUCGAACGGUUGUCACAAGAUUUACAGAACAUGCAGAAAAACCUGGAAGACAGAGAAAACUGUCUUAAAAAUAAAGAAAGUCAUCUAAGUAAGAGGGAACAAGAAACUGGAAGCAAAGAACAGGCAAUCGAGAAGAGAUAUCAUGAAGUCAAUCUUCAGCAAGAAAAACAGGAAGGAGAGUUUGAAAAAAGGGAAAAGGAUUUAGAGAAAUUGCAGCAUGAGCUUAAGGAACGAGAGCAAAAACUGAAUGAAAAAGAACAACAAUGGAAAAAAAUUAACGAAGAGCAAGAGACCACAGCAAAGGUACUAGAGAAGAGGGAAAAUGAGUUGAGGGAAUUCACAGAGAAACAAGACAAAGAACUGGCUAAUUUGAGACAACAGCUAGAGGAGAAAGAGAGAGAACUUCAGAAAAGUGAAAAACAUCUUCAAGACAGAGAGAAAGACCUUAAAGAGCAAGAAAAAGAUUUACAGCAGAUGGAACACACACUGAGAAGCAUUGAGCAAGAGCUUGAGAACCAGAAACAGAACCUUGACAGUAAAGGGCGUGAACUAAGAGACAUGGAGACUACAGAGAAACAGAGAGAGAAUACAGAAAGCAUUAGAUUAGAAGCAUUAGAAACAAGAGAACAAGAAUUGAAGAAAAGUGAAGAUGAGCUUACAAAGACAAAACAACAGCUAAAGAGUCUGGAGCAGGAUUUAGAGAGGAGGGAACGUGAAUUAAGGAGCAGAGAGGAAAAUCUCGGAACAGAAAAACAGAAUAACGAGGAAAGGUUCCAAGACCUGAAGACAAUGCAAGAGGAGGCGGAACGCAAAGCAAACCAUUUGGAACAAAGGAAACGCGAGCUGGACGACUUAGAACGAGAGCUGACAAUCCAAAAACAAAACUUAGAUGACAAAGAAGAAGCUCUGAGGAAACGAUAUCAUGUUGUAGAUGGAAAGGAAAAAGACACGCAGAACCAAACACCAGAUGUCAAAACAAGGGAAAAUGAACUUAGGAAGACAGAACAAGAGCUGAAAGACUUCAAGGAAACACUGGAAACUAAAGAAAAAGAUUUAGAAAAGCUCAAAAUUGCACUGGACAGUAAGGAACAGAAACUAAGCAACGAGGAGCAAGACAUGAAGAAAAGAACACAGGAGCUUGAAAAGUGGGAGAAAUAUUUAUAUAACAGGGAGCUCGAGAUGAUUAAAAAGGAGGGACCUGGGCUAGCAUCUCAAGGAUCAAAGGUUUUUAAGGACGUCAUGGGGAAAUCAGUGGUCGCAUUGGAAAAAGCUGAGAACAUACAGGGCAUGUAUCAAGAGGUGGGAGUCACGGGUCGAGUCUGGGUGAAGGAGUCAAAGGACCUGAGGAGUGACAACAGCAUAACAGAGCAGGAGGACCGAAAUGUUGAAACUGCCUCACCUGAAACCAUGAACGGAGACUGUGAAUUUGAAAGCACGCAGAGAAUCAAGCAACGCACGCUCAGAGUGAACCAGCAGGACCAGCUAGAUAACACAGUGCAAGAGCAAAAGGAAGAAGAUGAAGAUGAAGAUGAAGAGAGGAAUGAGGAGAAGUUCUUCGAACCUCUUAGUGCUGGCUUUCCAGAGACUUUCAACUUAGGUCGUUCUGGAUCUGAGAUGAGGCUGGUACUGCUAGGGGAGACGUGGUCAUCUCUACAUACGACGUGCCAAACCAUACUUGGGCAAGGCAUGGAGGGGUCCAUUCCUUGGAGGGGACAGAUAGCUGGCAAGCAUCUGACUGUGGUAGAGCCCUGUGGCCUGAGAUGGAGAACAGCCACAAACUCCCAAAGCUCAAAUCAACCUCAGCAACUCUUUCAAAGCCUGUCUCAGUGUCCACCAGGACCCCAUGCCUUCCUAUUGGUUAUACCUGCCUACCUGUCUUUCACUGGACAGUACAGGAGAGCCGUGGAGCAAACCAUGGCUGUACUGGGGGAGGGGGCCUGGAGACACACCAUUGUCCUGUUUACAUGGGGGGAGACGCUGGGAGAGAGUCCCAAACAGCACAUCCUGAGGACCGGAGAUCUGCAGUGGCUUGUUGGGAAGUGUGGAGAGAGAUACCAUGUCCUUAACAGUGGGAAAAAGGACUCACAGUUGGUAGGCCUUUUGGAGAAGAUCGAGGAGAUGGUGGGCGGGAACUCCAACCAUUACUACAGAUUUGAUAGAAACAGGGGAGUGAGUCAGGUGGUGGCGUAA